UGUGAGAUCACUUGUCGAAUGUGGGAAUUCGCGUCAAAAGCGGUCAUGGUUGGCUUGCAUGAACGAUCGAUUUAAAUGAGGCCUCUAUCUCCGUACACACAGAGUGCACGUAAACAUACUCACCUCCAGAUCUGCUUACAGAUUCACUGAAGCAACGCGCCACGCCGAGCAUGGCUUUGGAAUUCUCCAAUGAUGGAUUUAACGCCCUGUUCGGGGAGUUUGCAGACUUCACAUAUCCUCCAGCUUUGCAAGCUGAGAUUGCGAGCCGGCGCAGAACUCUGGGACAAUUGUUCUUCGACCGAAUGCUGCUCUCGAGCAAAGUGAAGCACGCGAAUUCAUAUCCUCCUCGCACAAACAAAGAUCUUCGGGCACUGUACAAUCGUGUUGGAUCGGCACCAGUCAACGAAACCCUCAAACAGUCGCUCAUAUACUACAUCUUGAAAGACGUUCAUUCAAAAAAUGAUCCCAGUGCUCUGGAGCAAUUUGUAGACACCUUCCACCUGCCAGCGAAGUACUGGCGCUGCGUGGAAGGUUUCUGGCUUCUGGACCACCUCGAAUGGAGUAAUGCAGUGGAUAGUCUUGUGCACCCAGCUGUUAUACCCCCGACCUUUCCGGAUGAAAUAUUACUGGCCCUCCUGUAUCAUGCUAAGGACGAACACCCUGACCUGCCCAUUGUAUACCACAAUACUAUUCACGCGCCGCUUGUCGCAACUGAGGUCCUUGACCUUUACUUCUCUCAUCUGGCUCAUAUAAGCGUGACAGAGGCAUUCGGCUUUCUUCGCAAUAGACCCGAAGACGAGCAGGAACACCUGUUGCACAUAUUGAUUCGACAAGGUCUCGCAGACUCCAGGGACAGUCCGCGAGCCAACAGAGGCGUAGAGCUAAUCGAACUCCCAUUCAGUGAAGAGGAAAAUACGAUAUUUGAGAACUACCUACUCGAAGGCAAUGGAAAGACCUAUCAUGGUGCACGCGACGCAGUAAUGGUGCGGAAGAUGGCCACUGGCAAGUUCCAGGAAGCUCUCACGAUAGCGAAGCAAUUGAAAGGUAGACGAAUCGAUGACAUGACAUGGGACCCGAUCAAGAGUGCCAUUUCACAAGGACUUGGACCGAGACAACGCGUCGAUGGAGCAAUGUUUCAUUAGUCCUUUACUUCUUCGAUCAUUCCGUAGGCACUUUCAUCCUCAAGCAUAGCGCGGCGUCCAGAUGAUGGGAAUAUAUUCGUAUUUGUUGUUAUCAUACCUUCUGUAAAAGACAACAUUCAAAAGAGCUGAGCGGAUGUAUAAUAGUUCAUGAGUAGAUAUCCCUGUCUGUUGUUACAACGUGCGUCAGAAGACGCUUCUAAACUCCGUGCAAUGCGUUC